UUCAAUGCGCAUGCGCUUGUAUACAUUCCUUCCAUCCAAACAAUCAUUACAAUGAACAAACUUUUGAUCCUUUUAUUUUCUACUACGCAUAGAUAUGAAAGAUUAAUUAUUCGGGAUAUGUAAAGCAAACUAAGAAAAAAAGGGGAAACUCUGAAAGGAUCAGAAUGGAAAACAAUGCCCAAAGGAAACGACAGCCUGAUCGGCCAUUUUACCUUCCACAAGGGGACACAACAAGUUCAAGAAUUAUCACAGAAGCAAAAGAAUCUCUGAGCAGUCGCACAGGCCUACAAGCAGUGGUCACAAAGAGACCGUGUACACCCAGAGACGCUACAAGAUCAUUAUUUGGUGCGACAAGCACCAGAACCCCAGAAAACCGCCCGCCAAGCUCUUUCAGUCUCGGAUCUCGUCACUUUGAUGGAUCAGACACUUCGAGACCAACCUCAAGGACUCGCCUACAACCCAUCAAUCAUAAUCCUUCUUUCUCUGCCCUCUCAGAAGAAAAACCUAAACUUCCAUCAGAAGAUGAGGCAGAACCAGGGUUACUUCCCCCAAAGCCACCGUCUGACCCCAACAAAGUUCAAAGAGGAAAGGUCACCAGAACACGUCUGCAACAGUCCACCAGUGUAGAGGGCUCGAUAAGCUCAGAUGCCAAGUCUCGCCUAGAUACCAGCCCUUCUGAUGGAAACCAAGUGAUAAAAAACAUUGAUGAGCCAGUUAGGAGAGCACAUAGUGGACCCAAAGAAAGAUCCCCACUUCCUGUGGAGGAGAGGGGGGAAGGAGAUGGGAGGGAAAUGCCUCACAGAGCACCUAGUUCAGCCUCAGUCAGAAGUCCCCCUCACAGUGCCGAGAGUAGAGGGGGAAGUGGUGGAACGAAGAGGACCUCUAGUGCCGGGAGUACAGGCAGGGGAGGUUCAGCGGGCAGACGAGAAGAGGAAACAGCCGAGGAAGCGCUAUUUUACAGUCAGAAUGUAUCUCCAUUGUUGGAACGAAUGGCUGAAGCCAGCAAGAAAGACCCCAAACGACUAGGACAGGUGGCAGAUGAUUUGUAUUCCCUCCUGCAGAAGGAAAAUUUACUUGGCAGGAAUUGUAAACAACGCACCGUGAUCUUGAAGUCUGUAUUUAAACUCCUGGAUGUAGAUGACACAUGUGCACAGCUCAAAUUGGCUAAACUCAUUCUUUCUUUCAAAAUCACAGGAAAUAAUCUCCUGAGUGCUUGUAAACUAGUCUUCAAAAUCAGCAGAAAUGAGAAAAAUGAUCCAGAGUUUCUCAAAGGAGAUGUGCUAGACGUUCUGAUGGACACAUUGAGGGGCACCGACCCGUUCAGUGCUAGUGAAGCCCUGGUAUUCUGUAUAGGCUCAUUGAAGCUGUUAACAGGCAACUCUACGAUAGUUAAACAGCUAAUCAAGAAAGACUGCAUAGAAAACCUGGCUAUUCUCUUCAACAGUAUUAACAAAACCAUACGGGAAGGCAGCGAACCAACAACACAACUUGGAAACAUUUUAGUCCAGGCGACAGCAGCCUUGAGAAACCUUGCUGAUGCAGGCUCCAGUCGGGAGAGGUUGCUGGGAUGUCAGGCUAUAGAAUCCCUUUGUCUUAUCAUCGAUAGCUUCACAUCUGAUGGAGACCUGAUGCUAAACAUCUCCAGAAUAUUCAGUAAGGUGACCUUACACACAGACUGCUGUACUGCGUUGGCUGACCAUCCUACCUCCUAUAAGUCAUUUGUGAACAUCCUGCAGAAGCAUCAACACAAGUCUGAUGUGGUGGUGAGGGUGAGUUUUGUGCUAGGUAACAUGACAGCAAAGAACGAGGUGGCCCGACUGAGGCUCUUCCAGGAGGCGGGGUCCUUCGACAUCCUCAUGUCCCUGUUUAGGUUUUACUUGGAACAAGAUAUUAAGAAUCAAGGGAAUGAGGUCAAAAAGGAGGUAACAGAAGAUGGCAGCACUGUCAACAAGACUGAGGAUGUCCUGAUAAAGGUCAUAAGGGUCAUAGCCAACCUGUCAAUCAAUGAGAAUGUGGGACCUGUAAUAUGUUCUAACUACCAGUGUGUUGACUACCUGCUCAAAGUAUUAGAGAGUAGAGAUGUAUCCUGUAGUGAAGAGCUUGUACUUAACACCGUAGCAACUGUCAACAACCUGUCAUUCUACAACACUAAAACCAGUGCCAUUACUACCCUCCAGAUCCGAGUAUUAGAAGCCCUAUUAAAGCUGGUGUUGGCUAACAACAUGGAAGCAAUGGUAGAAGCAUGUCGAGUGUUUGCCAAUCUCACUAGGCAAAAGGUGGUGAGGGACUUCCUCACCGAGCAGAAAAUUGACAGAAUGCUUGUCACCAUGCUAGACUCGGGAAACAGGGAAGUAGUUUACAUUUCUUGUGGAGUUCUCAUCAACUUUAUGGUGGAUGAGGAGAAGAGACCAAUAUUGAAACAGGAGCAUGGCAUCAGAAAAUUGAUAGAGGUGCUGCGAGACUUCAGUCGGACGGACUGGGAGCUGGCCAGUCUAGUGUGCCAGAUUCUGUGGAAUUACAGCGGGAAAAUCACGAGCUCCAAUGACUCUUUCGGACAGCAGGAGUCUCAGGACCUCAUGGAAUUGCUCAUGGAACUGCUAGAUCGAGACUCUGCUUUAGAUUUAUCAUUCAAAGAAGAGGUGGAUGAGGAAAUGACAGACUAUUUCGAAGAAACUUGGACUGAACAAUUCUGUCCUGUGGCAGAACAGUUGCUUCAGAGAAUAGAGACUCACCAGUCGGACCUCGAACCUUUAGAAACCCCAAGUGGAUCAUAGUAAUAACUUUCACGUAGAUUCAUAAAUUUCUAUAAAAAAAAAUAAAUUCAGAAUCAACAAAAUUCCUAUUUACAAAAAUAUGCAUAAAUAUACUUUUUAAAUAAAUGCUAAGGUGAAAGUCCAAAUACCCAUGGUGUUACUGGAUUUUGACAUUUUCUAUACUGUGAAGAACCGUUCAUGUAGACGACCAAUACUCACAAUGAAGAAAAGUAUGGAUAUUCCCACUAAGUCUACUCCAUUGUACUUUACACCAGAGUGAUAGUGCUUGUUUUUCUCAGACAUUUUUCGUUUGUGUCUCUAGUCUACUGAGCUACAGGAAGUUAUUUAUUGGUGUAUGAGGUGGUGUGUUUUGUUAAAACAUAUCAGUGACCAAAUCAUUCCGUCCAUGCAUUGUUUUAAUUUUAUACUGACAUAAUAAAUCUACUGUGUUCAACUGCCAGAAAAUCCGUCCAUAUGCUUUUUUUUUUGUAGGCGCUAAUAUUUGUGAAUCGAUAGCAGAUUCUUAUACCUACUAUAGUGUCAUAUUAUACCUACUGCGAUUUGAAAUUGUAGUUCUUUCGUAGACAAUUUUUGAUGGAGAUGAACCAGACAAUGGUACAAAAGUCAAUUUCUUUAUAAUGUGUAUGAAUGACUAUCUUGGAACAUGACCAAAUUUGUCGUUAUCUAUUGACUUGUACAAAAAGCAUGGUAAUGGAAAUUUGAAAUGACACUUGAAAUAAUGUGAUAUGUAUACAUGUAUUUGUAUAUCGAGUGCUACUCAAUGUAAAUAGUGAAUGUAAUUAUUCUGUCUAAAUUAAGUUAUGAACUCUAUUUAUAUAUAUAGUAUAUGAAUGUAUGACUGAUGUUUUAAACUGUUUGAUUUCACAGUGAUUGUUGAUUGUUAUGAUGCUGAAAGAAAAUUAUCUUGUUGAUGAAUGGUAUCAUUAAGCACUCUUUAUCAUCUCUAUAAUGCAAAGUUUUUAAAACGAUUUCUUGUGAAAUUUAAAAGUACGAAUUUGCCGUCACCAGUAUGAUUUUGUCUGUUCAUUUUGAGGAGAUCGUAUUUACAUGUAUAAGUGCACCAAUGUAUUAUUUUAAACCUUCAUGACAGAAGAGAGAGGUUGCUAUCUCUGUUCUGGAUCUCGAUGGAUUUGAUGGAUUUUUCCUGGAUCUCUCGAUGGAUUUCUUCUGUGUGAAUGUGUUUUAUUGUGAAUCGCUUGAUAUACAACUUAUCAGUAUUGGUUUUUCACAUGUAACGACAUACUAGCCAAUAAAACAAAAGAAAUACA